AUGUCCUUCCGAAAAGGCGACUUUACUGCGGCCGACCAGGCACAGCUGACCGCGGGCCGCCCCCACGUGCACUUUAUUGAGAUGACCACGCGCUACUGGAGCCUACCCGCCUUCCUGAAUGAAAGUGACGUGGGCACCUGGCUAUAUCCCAAGUUUGCAGUUGGAUACCGCCACAUGAUCCGCUGGUUCGCUCUACACAUCUGGAGCUUCAUGGCUGAGGCCGGGUAUGAGUGGGUGAUGCGGUUGGACGAGGACUCCUUCAUCCAUAGCCAUAUACCCUAUGACCUCGUUGAAUUUAUGGAGGGACGUGGCUUGCAGUACGCCUACAGGGUGGAUACCCAUGAGGAUAAGCAUUACGCUGUAGGAUUCCAGCAAAUUGUGCGCUCCCACCUGGCGAUGUUCUUCAGGGACCCCUACCCCUCCGCGCUGCUGUCUCAUUGCACACCCCCCAGCCUUGAGGGACUGUCGCAAGAUUGGAAUCACUUUACAUUCUACAACAACUUCUUCUUAACAAAUGUCUCCUUGUGGCACCGCCCCGACAUGCGGCGCUUCCUGGAGCAUGUUGACCGGACGGGUGGCAUCUACACCCACCGGUGGGGUGAUGCCCCAAUCCAGACGGUAGCCGUGAUGCUGUUUCUGCCAGAGGAGCAGGUGCACAAGUUUACAGAUUGGACGUGA